CGCCUCGGCCACCCGUGGUCUGCACCGUCCCCACAACCCCCAGCGCGCCGCGCACCUCCCUCCCUUUCAGCCCGGUGGAGGCCGAGCGGUGCGGAGCUGCCCGGGGCCCGGCGCUGCCGGUGUGUCCUCUUUCUCCCUGACCUUGCAGAUGAGGACAAGGAAACCUCCAUGCUCAGUAGAGAAAGUCUGGGUAGACAAACAGGAAUAUGAUGAAGGGGAGAGACAGCACUAUGAAAAAGAAGCAACGUUGGCUGCAGGGGCUCCUGAGGAGUGCCAGGAGGUAGAGGCUGUCAAUGGAGUCUGCAAUGAUGAUUCUGUUGAAAGUGAAUUUAAGGGGGACCUGAAGAAAACCAGGAAUGGGAAGAAACAAAGGAAACGGAAGCGUUCCCCAAAACCCAAACCUGUGGCCUCCAAGUUGGACUCUGUACUGACUGGUUUGUCAGCUGACUCUGUGUGGUUUGAGAAACCCCUCUAUGACCAAGCAGAGAACCUCUACAGGCAAAAAUUAGUGGAAUUGCAGACUGAGGAGGCAGCUGAGACCCCACAAACUGCUGAGCAGUCCCCUUUAGUGGUCAGGACAAAAACUGUGGAAGAUGUUCCUAAGCCAAGGAUGCUUUCAACAACCCUGCUCUGCUCCCAUGGUAAUCUGGCUGCCUGCCACCAUGUUGUUCAGGGGGUGUGGGUCAACAAGAUGGACUUUGAUAAGGCUGAGGGGGCCUUUAUCAAAAAAUCUCAGUUCUUUGUCCCUCCAGAUGUCCUCACCAUCCCAUCUGUGGGGUCAGACACUGGCAACGUUGGGCUGAAAACACCAGAUGAGGGUUAUGUCACAGCCUUGCCUACUCCUGCUACUCCAGGCUUAGCUCCAGGCACCACUGCUGAGCCUUCCUCCUCCUCCUCCUCUUCCUCUGUUCCCAGUUUGCCCAACCCCGACCACCAGACAGUCAAUGGGAAGCCCCAGAUUUCCAGCCUGCAGGCUCUCAUGUCCGAGGUGUGGUUAGAGAAACCUCUCUACGAUGGUGCUGAGAAGAACUUCUACCAGAACAUGUUUGAUGGUCACCCCUCAGGCCAAGGCAGGCAGCAGGAAGGAAAGUUGAAAAACCCCCACAACAAGGAUGGGAAAGACCCCAGCUCUGGAGAAGAAACAGGCAGCAAACCCCUGGAGGUGACAGAUUCUCUGCUUCCCAACAAUGCUGAGCAACUUCCUCCUUGCUGCUUUUUUCUGCACGAGGACAGUGAAACUGUGUGGCUUCAAAAGCCAAUGUAUGACAGUGCAGAGGCACGAUACUAUGCAGCUGAAGCUCUGAAAAUGUCAAGAGCAGGAGAGAGGAUGGGGGUGGAGGAACCUGAAGUCCCCAAACCCACCCAGCCAGCUCCCAGUGCCUCCAGCACGCCGGCGCCAGAAAAGAAAAAAAUGGCAGUCGACUACCUUAUGCAGGAGAAGAUCUGGUUUGAGAAAUACAAAUAUGAUGAUGCUGAGAGAAGAUACUACGAGCAGAUGAAUGGGCCAGUUGGCAGCUCCUCACACCAGCAGGAGAACGGAGCCAGCACGAUCCUCCGCGACAUUGCCAGAGCCAGGGAGAAUAUCCAGAAAUCGCUGGCCGGAAGUGCAAACACAAACUCUCCCGGGCCCGCUGCCGGUGACCAAAAUGAGCUCCUCUCCCGAAUUUCUCACCUGGAGGUAGAAAACCAAAACCUUCGCAGUGUUGUCUCAGACCUUCAGAUGGCCAUCUUCAAGUUGGAAAGUCGCCUGAAUGCUCUGGAGAAGUCAUCUACCUCCCACCAGCCUUCACCGGUUCCUCCAACCCAGAAAGUGGAACCAUUCAGUGUCCCCUCCAAGAAAGUGGAGCUCCCUUCAGCCAAAAAAGCUGAGCCAGCUGCUGCAGAGGAAGAUGAUGAUGAUGACAUUGACCUUUUUGGCAGUGAUGAUGAAGAAGAAGACCAAGAAGCUGCCAAAGUCCGGGAGGAAAGAUUGCGUCAGUACGCUGAGAAGAAGGCCAAGAAGCCAGGACUUAUUGCCAAGUCUUCUAUCCUUCUGGAUGUGAAACCAUGGGAUGACGAGACGGACAUGGCCAAGAUGGAGGAGUGUGUUCGGUCCAUCCACAUGGAUGGGCUGGUGUGGGGAGCCUCCAAACUGGUCCCAGUAGGCUAUGGCAUCAAGAAGCUCCAAAUCCAGUGUGUAGUGGAGGAUGACAAAGUGGGGACAGACAUCCUGGAGGAGGAGAUCACUAAGUUUGAAGACUACGUGCAGAGUGUUGACAUUGCUGCUUUCAACAAAAUCUAGAAGCAAAACUGUAUCCCCAGUUUCCACCACCCCCUGAAACUGUAACUAAUGAAGAUCAAGAUUGGGUGUGCAGAUUGAA